GCGGCCGGGGGCGACAUGGCGGAGGAGCAGGACCUCUCCGAGGUGGAGCUGAGCCCCGUGGGCUCCGAGGAGCCCCGCUGCCUCCCGGGGAGCGCGCCCUCGCUGGGGCCCGACGGCGGCGGCGGGGCGGGCCUGCGCGAGCCCGGGCCGGGCGAGCUGGGCAAGGUGAAGAAGGAGCAGCAGGACGGCGAGGCGGACGACGACAAGUUCCCCGUGUGCAUCCGCGAGGCCGUCAGCCAGGUGCUGAGCGGCUACGACUGGACGCUGGUGCCCAUGCCGGUGCGCGUCAACGGCGCCAGCAAGAGCAAGCCGCACGUCAAGCGGCCCAUGAACGCCUUCAUGGUGUGGGCGCAGGCGGCGCGCAGGAAGCUGGCGGACCAGUACCCGCACCUGCACAACGCCGAGCUCAGCAAGACGCUGGGCAAGCUCUGGAGGCUGCUGAACGAGAGCGACAAGCGCCCCUUCAUCGAAGAGGCCGAGCGGCUCCGGAUGCAGCACAAGAAGGACCAUCCGGACUACAAGUACCAGCCGCGGCGGCGCAAGAACGGGAAGGCCGCCCAGGGCGAGGCCGAGUGCCCGGGCGCCGAGGGCGAGCAGGGCGGGGCGGCUGCCAUCCAGGCCCACUAUAAGAGCGCCCACCUGGACCACCGGCACCCGGGAGAGGGCUCCCCGAUGUCGGACGGGAACCCGGAGCACCCCUCAGGCCAGAGCCAUGGCCCACCCACCCCUCCGACCACCCCAAAGACAGAGCUGCAGUCGGGCAAGGCAGACCCCAAGCGGGACGGGCGCCCUCUGGGGGAGGGCGGAAAGCCUCACAUCGACUUCGGCAACGUGGACAUCGGGGAGAUCAGCCACGAGGUAAUGUCCAACAUGGAGACCUUUGACGUGGCUGAGUUGGACCAGUACCUGCCGCCCAACGGGCACCCAGGCCACGUGGGCGGCUACUCGGCAGCCGGCUACGGGCUGGGCAGCGCCCUGGCUGUGGCCAGCGGACACUCCGCCUGGAUCUCCAAGCCGCCAGGCGUGGCUCUACCCACGGUCUCCCCACCGGGUGUGGAUGCCAAGGCCCAGGUGAAGACGGAGACCGCGGGGCCCCAGGGGCCCCCCCACUACACCGACCAGCCGUCCACCUCGCAGAUCGCCUACACCUCCCUCAGCCUGCCCCAUUACGGCUCCGCCUUCCCCUCCAUCUCCCGCCCCCAGUUCGACUACGCUGACCACCAGCCCUCAGGACCCUAUUACGGCCACUCGGGCCAAGCCUCCGGCCUCUACUCGGCCUUCUCCUACAUGGGGCCCUCCCAGCGGCCCCUCUACACGGCCAUCUCUGACCCCAGCCCCUCGGGGCCCCAGUCCCACAGCCCCACACACUGGGAGCAGCCCGUAUAUACGACGCUGUCCCGGCCAUAGAGGGGCCCGUCACCGCCAUCCCGCCUGGUCCCCGGGUAGUGCACCCCUCCCCCCUUCCUCGCCCAUCACAGGCCUGAUGGAGGAGGCUGCAGAGGCUGGCAGUCGAGGGAAGACUUUCCGUCUGGCUUCCUGCCCCUGAGGACCCCACCCCAUCCUAUCCAGGCCCCAGUCCAGGCAAAGCCCUUGGUUGCCAGGCUGGGCAGAGGAGGUUGGCGGCCGCCCCUAGACUGAAGGAUGAGGGCUGUGCCUCCCCUCCCCCAUGACCCUUGACCCCAGGACCUGAGAAGGACGGGCUCACCCUCCCCUGAGGGGGGAGCCUCCAGGGCCGGUGGGAAGGGGAGGCCCUGCCACGCCAUGCCCAUUUCCUCUCUGGGUCUGUGUUGCCUGUGGGUUGCUGUUACCCGAGCCAGCUCUGCUACAUACCUGGGAGCAAGGCCAAGCAGGGGCCUGCCUCAGUGCCUGGAGUGGCCCUUCCCUGCCCCCGGGGCUGAGGACAGCUUUGAACAUCUGGGGGUAGGGGCUCAGUGGGAGGCUUCAUGCCCUGGGUGCCCCCACCCCUCCUGAAAACAGGAAGGAAUUGGCACAGAGGCCCCCAGAUCCAAUUCUGUGCCAAUAACCUCACUCUUUGUCUAAGGGAGGGAGAACCUCCUGUCCCACCCCACAGCAACCUCCCCGGCCGUGAGCACAUCCCUGGGGUGAGGAGGCAGGGGUUCCAGGAGCGGAUACAGAGACAAUUCACAGAGCCUCUCCAGGCUCCCCACAAAUUCCUUCAACCCUUACCAGGCCCUGUGGCCCCUGCUCUGUCAGUCCCCAUUCCUUGGGCUCCCCAGAGUUCUAGCUGCCCAGGCACAAACCCUCGGCUCCAGGAGACACGGGGCCCAGCAGCCAGGUUGCUGGCAGCAGGCUGAAGACACUAAACUCCUGACAUGUACAUUCUGCCCUUGCCUUUUGCCCUUUGCCUCCCAGUGAUAUUCGAAUAAAGUGUGUAGCUCUGUCGGCCCCUACUUUGCUGUUCUGCAGCCCCCACGAUCCACAUGUAACUCAUUACUGCCCCCUCUUAUUUAUCUCGGUAGGUCCCUCUUUCCUCGCCCCUCUCCUAGGUACUCCAGUCCCUAUUAACUCUGCAUUAAGCAUUCCACAUAAUAAAGAGAGGUUCUGGUACCUGUGUGGUAGGCCUGACCUGGCCUGUCUCUUGGUCUCUUAUCCCUG